AUGGAACAAAUUGCAAGCUCUAAUGUCCAAGUUGUCCAAGAGGAGGUCAAGAUAUCGGUACAUCCACUUCCAGAAGAUAAUGAUGUAACAAAUAAAGUAACGCUUCAUUCCCCCGUAAAUGUUCAUCGACCUAAGGUUUGGGCUGAGACACGACAAGAGUUAUGUGAGACAUUAGCUUAUUUUAGAGCGUAUCAGGGUGGAGUAUACCAUAAAGAUAAUGCAGUAUACGCGUACCUUGUUGAUGGGUUUGGAGCAAAGAGAGAUGUCUGUAACGGGCGCGUAAUAAUAUCACAUGGAGGAGGAAAGAGUAUUAAACAGAAUGACAAGUAUGAACUCGCCAAAUCUCAAUCACCUACCGAUAAUUCGGUCAAAUCCUUGUUGAAUAAUUAUUAUAACAAACAACCGUUAGCAAUAAUUAUCGGUAACAAAUGUUCAAUUACGAAGUUCAAAGUUCCUGCGCGAUAUUGCGUACUUGGAUUUUAUUUAAUCACACAUGCAUGGGCGGAACUUGAAGACGGUGAAAAUUUAAACGACGAAGAGGCUUUAAACGAAGAUGCUUUAAUCGACGAAGAGGCUUUAAUAAACAACACUCCAGUAGCAAAAACUAAAAAACAUAAAUCGAAAUCGAAAUCGAAACCGUUUAUUCGUUGGAAAUUUCGCUUUGAAUGGAUAGAUACUCAAGAGUUUUUCCCUUGGUGGGAAGACCCUGCGGAGAUAAAUAAAAUGGAUUUAGAUGAUCCAAAUUCCGAUAAUAAUGAAAAUAUGGAAAUAGAUUCCGACACUUGUAAUACAUGCAAACAACAAUUUUUUCCAAUUUAUAAUUCAUGGAUGUGCUUAGAAAGCUCAUGCAAAUCUUUUUGGAAGAUAUGGAAUACUGUUAAAAUGAGUUGGGAAAACGCGCCACAAGACCUGUCUUUUAACCCGAUAUUUUUAGUUCCUGGGUUUAUUUCGGGGGAAAUUCUAUCAAGACCGCUCCCGUUUAGUAUUAUUCCUUCUCCUCCGAUUGGACAUAAUAAUAUUGGUGCUUAUUCUUUAAUGCAUUGGAAAGGAUAUCACUGUUUAAGAUGUGGAAGAGUUUCAUGUCGUGUUAAAUGGAGCUGCUGGGAAUGCAUGAACUGCCACAAAACUCUAUCAGCUCUUAAAACGAUUUUGGAUAAAUCUAUGCUAGCCGAUCCACAUCGACUUGUUUUUACUGGACCUGCCACAGACUGUGAAGGGUCUAUAUUAAAUGGCAGUAAUAUAACUCGGGAUCGAACAAUUUUGUCAAACGGAGUAAUUUUGAUGAAAUAUAAUUUUCCGAAUGACAACAGAAUAUUUCAUUUUGUAUCUAAUGAAAUAUGUAAUGAGAUGCCUGAUAUUUUUUUGAAAAAUUUUCAAGAAAUAGACAACGAACAAUUAAAAAGGCAUCCUAUAAAAUCUAAACUCGAAACUCGAUUAUUUGCUAGACAGUUUACGUUGAACGUAGGUGAACAUUAUAAAUUCGCCCUUGAAUUAAAUACUGUGCCAUGGAAAGACGCUCCGAAAGUAUGUAAUGAUACUCUUGAUUAUGUUAAAAAAAUCAUCGAGAACUUCGUUCCAGAAGUUAGCCAUGAUUUUAAUCAAAUGUUAGUAGCUAUAUACAUGGAGGGGCAAAGAAUGUCCUGGCACGAUGAUGGAGAAAAAGGUGUUGGUCCGAUAAUAGUUAGUCUAUCACUUGGAUCUCCUGCAGAAAUGAAAGUUCGCCGUAAGCUAAAAAAAAAAGUCGAAGCCUCAAGUUCUAAAUCUAGCAAAAAUGAUGAAAAAGGUGAUUACACACCAACAUUUCCCAUUAUGAGGCGAAAUGGUCCUGAAUUAUUAUUAAACUUAAAUCAUGGUGAUAUAGUAAUAAUGGCGGGUGACACUCUUCAAGAACAUUAUGACCAUAUGGUGGCUCCAAAAGGAUUUCGGGUUGCCUGUACGAUUCGAAAGAUAGAAAAAUAA